CUCACUAGCUAGAAGAGAGCAUAUAUGAUAAUUAAUAAUGGUGUCCACAAGGGGACUCUUUGCUAUAUUAUUAUGUGUGGUGUGUGGUGAGAUGUUGCAGUGUGUUAUACAUAGCCAUGGAUUAAGCAGGGAGAGUUUUCCUCAGGGCUUUGUCUUUGGAACUGCCUCUUCUUCUUAUCAGUACGAGGGAGCUGUUAAGGAGGACGGGAGAGGGCCCACCAUCUGGGACAAAUUUGCACACUCCUUUGGUAAAGUGAUUGAUUUUAGCAACGCUGAUGUCGCGGUGGAUCAGUACCAUCGAUUCGAAGAAGAUAUAAAGCUCAUGGCAGAUAUGGGAAUGGAUGCUUACAGGUUCUCCAUCGCAUGGUCUCGAAUUUUCCCAGAUGGUUCUGGUGAAGUUAACCAGCUCGGAAUCGACCACUACAACAAGUUAAUCGAUGCAUUGUUAGCCAAAGGAAUUGCACCCUACGUGACCCUGUUUCACUGGGACCUUCCACAAGCUUUAGAAGACAAAUACAAGGGUUGGCUCGAUCGACAAAUCAUAGAGGACUUUGUAAACUACGCAGAGACAUGCUUCAGGGCAUUUGGGGACAGGGUGAAGCGCUGGAUCACAUUCAAUGAGCCUCACACAUUCGCGGUCCAAGGCUACGACGCCGGGCUCUUCGCCCCGGGCCGCUGCUCCGUCCUCCUCCAUCUCUUAUGCCGAGGGGGGAACUCCGCGACAGAACCGUAUGUCGUAGCCCACAAUAUCCUUCUGGCUCAUGCUGCUGCAACAGAUGUUUACAGGAGGAAAUAUCAAGGAACACAGCAAGGAUCAGUUGGCAUGUCAUUUGAUGUUAUUUGGUUUGAGCCUCUGACGAAUAGUUCCGAAGACAUCGAUGCGACGCAGAGAGCACAAGAUUUUCAGUUGGGGUGGUUUAUGGAUCCAAUAUUCUUCGGAGAUUAUCCGAAAUCAAUGAGAACAAGAGUUGGAGAUAGAUUACCGAAGUUUUCGACAGCGGAAACUGAUCUAGUGAUGGGAUCCUUAGAUUUUGUGGGCAUAAAUCACUACACCACGUACUAUGCGAGGCACAAUUCGACGAACAUAAUCGGUUUCCUGCUGCACGAUACACUCGCGGAUUCUGGUGCCAUUACUCUCCCAUUCAAGGAUGGGAAAGCGAUAGGAGAUAAGGCAAGUUCAAUAUGGCUAUACAUUGUGCCUCAAGGGAUGAGAAGCCUAAUGAACUACAUCAAGCAAAAAUAUGACAAUCCACCAGUUAUCAUCACAGAGAAUGGGAUGGAUGAUUCAAACAACCCUUUCAAAUCUGUGCAGGAUGCUCUGAAGGAUGAAAAAAGGAUCAACUUUCACAAUGAUUAUCUAUCAAAUCUAUCAGCCUCCAUCAGGGAGGAUGCUUGUGAUGUGAGGGGAUAUUUUGUGUGGUCUCUUCUUGACAACUGGGAGUGGGCCGUGGGCUACACUUCACGGUUCGGGCUAUACUUUGUCGACUACAAACACAACCUCACAAGAUACCCAAAGGACUCUGUACAAUGGUUCAAGAAUCUAUUAAGCUCUUCCUGAACUGAAGAUAGAACUCAAGAUCCAUCCAUUUAGUUGAUUUAAUUCAUUUCACCUUUUAGACUCCGUACGAUCUUCAUAUCAACAAUAAGAAAAAUCUAAAGAUUGUAGAUAAUCCAUGACCUUUUAUUGUUAUUCAAAUUGAUUAAAUUGUAUCUACUAUUUGUAUGUUUCACAAAUUGAUUGAAUUGUAUCUACUAUUUGUAAAGAAGGAUCUAUUGUAUCCAAACAGUCCAGUGAUUUCAUUUCAUCUCUGAGCAUUCAAUAUGAUCUGAAUUCAGUAUAA